AUGCCAUAUAUCUAUGCUUUAUAUUAUGCCUUUAAAAUACAUGGAUAUGUAAACUUAUUUUCACAUUUUAAAAAUUUUACAGUAAAUGAAAGAGAACAGGGUGAUGAAAUUCUAAGUGAUUUAUGUAAGAAUUCAGAAAUAAAUAUAUUAAAUGACAUAAAAUCCGAUUUCUGUAACAUGCGCCUUAAAUCUCUGAAUUAUAUAAAAUAUGCAAAAACUCAAAGACAUUAUAAUCCCAUAUUAGAAGAAGCCAUUUGUGUAUACUUGUAUUACUUGAUAUACCAUAAUGAAGGUGUGGAAAAUAAUAAUGAAUAUAUUAAAAAGCUUUAUGAUAGGUUUAUCCAGGUAAAUAACAAUAAUUUCGACUAUAUAUGUCAGGAUCAUAAGGAUUUUAUCAUUACAGAUGGUGAAAUAUUGAAACUAAAUGAUAUAAAUGAUAUAUACACUAAUCUGAAUAAUAUAAAAUAUAGUGGUGAAACUUGUAGUGAAGAUAAAUGCAAUUAUGCCAAAAAAAUAUACUAA